GUAAUGGCAUUACCAUUCACCUCGUCACCAUCGCUACCCACAUCAACACCACCAUUAUCACGACCAUCAACAUCAUCACAACUAACAUUAUCACUAUCAUCACCAGCAAAGUUAACAUUGCCGUUACAAUCAACAUCACCACCAGAAUUAACACCACAACAAAUAUCAACAUCAGUGUCAACAUCAGCAUCUUCAUCACAAGAGGCGAUGCGGGGUGGUCGUGCGUGCGGGCGCCCCGCCGGUGCUGGCUGGGUGCUACUGGGCGCUGUUCUACUGCGCGUGGCACUGCUGCUGUACGGAGAGUACCAGGACCGCACGCACCGAGUCAAGUUCACAGACGUCGACUACCGCGUCUUCACGGACGCCGCGCACUACGUGGCGCGGGGCGAGUCUCCGUACCGGCGGGAGACCUACCGCUACACGCCACUGGUGGCUUGGUUGCUUCUGCCCAACGCGCUGCUGGCGGAGCCAUUCGGCAAGCUCCUGUUCGCCGUGUGCGACGUGGCUGCGGGGUGGCUGGCGCUCGGCAUGCUGCCCGUCGGCGUGUCGCGGCCGGGCCUGGCCGCCGCUGCCGCCUGCUGGCUGCUGAAUCCCAUUCCGGCUGCCGUGUCGUGCCGCGGGAAUGCGGAAUCCGUGCUGGCGCUGCUCGUGCUGGCCACGCUGCGGAGCCUGCGCCGGGGCCGCGUGGCCACGGCGGGCCUCCUCCACGGCGUGGCGGUGCACACCAAAAUCUACCCCGUCAUCUACACGCUGCCAAUCGUGCUCAACCUCGCCUUGGCCUCCGAGUCCGCACGGGGUCGGCGCGAGCAGCGGCAGCCCUCGCCGCUGGGGCUGGGAAAGCGGCUCGUGCACAACUCCGUGCUGGCGGUGGAUGCAGCGCUGCGGAGCAAGGACGUCUGGACGUUCGCGCUGACAUCGGCUUCUGUGUUUGCGGCGAUCAGCGCGUUUUUCUUCUACGUUUACGGCUGGGAGUUCGUGGAGCAGACGUACCUGUACCACGUGACACGGCGAGACACGCGCCACAACUUCUCCCCGUACUUCUACGCGCUGUACCUGGCCGGCGAGUCGGGCCGCGCGGGCGCCAUGGGGCUGGUUGCGUUCGCGCCGCAGGCGGCGGUGUUGGCGGCCGCCAGCCUCCGCUACGCAGACGACCUCCCCUUCUGCUGCUUCGUUGUCACGGUCGCCUUCGUGGCCUUCAACAAGGUGUGCACGUCGCAGUACUUCCUGUGGUACCUGUGCCUGCUGCCCCCUGUGCUGCCCUCGCUGGCGCUGCCCCGACGGAGGGGGCUGGCGUUGCUCGCCGCGUGGUUUGCCGGGCAGGCCCUGUGGCUGCUGCCCGCGUACCUGCUCGAGUUCGAGGGGUGGAACGUGUUCCUCUCCGUCUGGGCGGCCGGGCUGCUCUUCCUCAUCGUCAACUGCGUCGUCCUGCAGCAGAUCAUCGUGCACUACCGCCCGCCGCGCCCGGCGCACAACCUCAAGAACAGCUGAAGAGCCGACAGGACGCGUGGCUUUUGUAAUGGCUUUAUGGCAACUGAAACAACGCGAAACUGCCUUCAUUUGUAGAUAUUUUCAUAAAGGGAUAAAAUCA